AUGUAUAUAUAUAAAUGAUCUACUUUGUAUACUUGUACGUACGUAUGAUUACUGAUAGUGGCAGACACGAACACAAUUUAAUAAAAAGAGUGUUACAUAAAUACGGAGGUCGUAUUUGUUUUUUAAAAACAUAAGACGAUCGUCAAAAUUAUUGAAAAAUGUUACGCCCGAUUAAAGCAAUUGUAAGACAGAAACAAAAUCUAAUUCUAAUUCGAUCAUUAAGUACAAAAAGGGUGACGAGAGAAAUGCGCAAUUCGUCAGCAGUAAGAAGUUCGAGUCCGAAUGUUCCAGGACUCACUGAUAAAUGUGUGAAGGUUCCAAAUACACCUGUCGGUCCUGGUGCUGCUAAGGAUAAGGAAUACAAAAAUCCAGAAUAUUUUUGUUAUAACAUAGACAGCUUUGGAGAAGCAGAAGUAGAACUAGCAAAAUACAGAUUACCAGCUCCUUCUAACAAGAAACCUUAUCCAAAAUAGUUUUUGACAUAAUAUUUAUUUG